CUUUUUGGUAGAAUGGUAACUUCGUAAGCUCCGUGUUGUGGUGACGUGACAUUCUUCCUGGUUGUUUAGGUGCUGGGGGAGACUAGAGUGAGCUGUGGCAGUUUCUGGUUCUGGGCCUGAGUUAACGAUUUCGUCAGGGCUCUCUUAAUAGCCCAGCCUAUCUGCCGCGCGGCUCUCACAGCGGGGCCAGGCCGGGCCAGGCCGCCGCUUCAGGGGCGAAAAGCUUCUGUUCUCGAUCACACUUGAGCUGCCUUUGAAGCUGCCAAAAUGGUUUUAGCAGAUCUUGGGAGAAAAAUAACCUCAGCAUUGCGCUCGCUGAGCAAUGCCACAAUUAUCAAUGAAGAGGUUUUAAAUGCUAUGUUAAAAGAAGUAUGUACAGCAUUAUUGGAAGCUGAUGUCAACAUCAAGUUAGUGAAGCAACUAAGAGAAAAUGUUAAAUCUGCUAUUGAUCUUGAAGAAAUGGCUUCUGGCCUCAACAAAAGGAAAAUGAUUCAGCAUGCGGUCUUCAAAGAACUUGUUAAGCUUGUAGAUCCUGGAGUCAAAGCCUGGACACCAACAAAAGGAAAACAGAACAUCAUAAUGUUUGUAGGACUGCAGGGAAGUGGCAAAACAACUUCAUGUUCAAAGCUGGCAUAUUAUUACCAGAGGAAAGGCUGGAAGACAUGUUUGAUAUGUGCAGAUACUUACAGAGCAGGUGCUUUUGACCAGUUAAAACAGAAUGCAACAAAAGCAAGGAUUCCAUUUUAUGGGAGUUACACAGAGAUGGAUCCUGUGAUUAUUGCAUCUGAAGGUGUUGACAAAUUUAAGAAUGAAAACUUUGAAAUAAUAAUUGUUGAUACAAGUGGUCGUCACAAGCAGGAAGACACUCUGUUUGAAGAAAUGUUGCAAGUUGCCAAUGCGAUACAACCAGAUAAUAUUGUUUAUGUGAUGGAUGCCUCUAUUGGUCAAGCCUGUGAAGCUCAAGCAAAGGCUUUCAAAGAUAAAGUCGAUGUCGCUUCUGUGAUUAUAACAAAACUUGACGGCCAUGCAAAGGGAGGUGGAGCGCUCAGUGCAGUUGCUGCCACUAAAAGUCCAAUCAUUUUUAUUGGUACUGGAGAACACAUAGAUGACUUUGAACCCUUUAAAACACAACCUUUUAUAAGCAAGCUUCUUGGCAUGGGAGAUAUUGAAGGAUUGAUAGAUAAAGUGAAUGAAUUGAAAUUAGAUGACAACGAGGCACUGAUAGAGAAACUAAAACAUGGUCAGUUUACUUUGAGAGAUAUGUAUGAACAGUUCCAAAACAUAAUGAAAAUGGGACCCUUCAGUCAAAUCUUGGGUAUGAUCCCUGGUUUUGGAACAGAUUUUAUGAGUAAAGGCAAUGAACAGGAAUCAAUGGCAAGGCUAAAGAAACUGAUGACAAUAAUGGACAGUAUGAAUGAUCAAGAACUUGAUAGCACAGAUGGGGCCAAAGUUUUCAGUAAACAACCAGGAAGAAUCCAAAGAGUAGCAAGAGGUUCUGGUGUUUCAACUAGAGAUGUUCAAGAACUCCUGACACAGUACACAAAGUUUGCACAAAUGGUGAAGAAGAUGGGAGGAAUCAAAGGACUUUUCAAAGGAGGUGAUAUGUCAAAGAACGUAAACCCGUCCCAGAUGGCAAAACUGAAUCAACAGAUGGCAAAGAUGAUGGAUCCCAGAGUUCUUCAUCACAUGGUGUGUGACUUCCUCGGUGAAAAAAUUGCCUCUGUUUUGGGAAUCAGUACACCAAAAUACCAGUAUGCCAUAGAUGAAUACUACAGGAUGAAGAAGGAGGAAGAAGAGGAGGAAGAAGAGAACAAGAUGUCAGAGGAAGCAGAAAGAAGGUUUCAAGAGCAGCAGAACCAGAGUCGAGAGGGGACUGCUGUUCAGACUGCCCAGCCAGAGGCUACAGCCUGUAGUACAUUUGUGAAUCUUAACUUUGAAACUGAAGAUUGUCUGCCUAUUGUAGAAAGUAAACAAGAUAUUACUCCAGUGUCUGCUUAGAGUGAAGAUGUUGCAUAACAAUUCCCUAUUUCUUGAAUUGUCAAAUGUGUGUAGGUCCCUUUAUGCAUGUUCAGUGGAAUGUAAUUUAUUUUAAAGGAUGGGCAGGGGAGAGCUAUUAAUGUCUUUUUAGCCAACAUCUGUCUAAUAAAGGCUAAGACACUUUGCUUAACCUGUUAGAUAAUGAAAUGCAAAUAACUGGGUCCUAAACUGACCUAUCUAUGCAGAACAAGUAAAAUGUCUUUCCUGAACAUCCGGUGCCUUCUUGACAGUUGUGGACUGAUACUUGUACUUCUGAAUGGUUUGUUAUGUAUUUAUAAGGUUACUUAUCAAAAUCCUGGUGGAAGUUUUUUAGACUAAUUGGAACUAACUCACAAGGCAUCUUUGUGACUUAGUUUAAUUUAUUGUCAUUAUUGCAUGGGUAUGUCUGUAUCUACAAUUCUAAAUAAGGUGGCUUUGUUCAUGUCUAUUAAACUAAAAACUGUCUCUAUAUGAAUAGCUAGGUUAGUAAGUCCCUAAAGCACAUUCUCACUGCUUAGGUAAAAGAGGUCUAAUACACAGAGAAUCCAGUUAAUUGACUAAUCUCUGCCUUUAUCAAGUGUUCUGGGAAGGAAUUCCAGGAUUUAGAAGGCUUGACAAUUUAUCUACAUCAGGAUAGUCGGGAUUGAGGGUGGUAUGCUGAUAAAUGUCCUGAUGGAUCUAAAUACUAGGUGAAAUAAUUUAAAAAAGAGUAUGUUCAGCCGCUAGUACUUAAAUAAGUUAAGCUAGUUAUGGGGUUCGUUUCCUUGUAGCUCUCUCCUACUGAUCAGAGUUUAAAAAACAGGCUCAGUUAAAGAGGCAGAACUUGAUUUGAAAAGUUUAAAAGAUACAUUUGAGAAGUUUUGACUGUGAGAAUAGGAGUGGGUUUUCUAGCUAGAAAUCUAUUAUUUACCUUGACAGAGUGCCAUUAAGAAUCUACUGAAGCUUGUAUAAUGAAAUGUCUGUAGGAUAAUCCCAACUAGUUUUCACAAAAAGUCUGUAGCAUAAAUGUUUGUAGAUAGACAACAGGAUCUAAAGGGAUGUGUGCAUGUGCCACAAAGGGAUGUACUCAACAAAUCUGCCUCCACAAGCACUUUCUGGCUAUAGCUACAUCCUUUAAUAAUUUAAGAUCCCUGCCUUCCAUUUGUCUUGAGUCCUUUUCUUAAAACUUAUACAUUUGUAUAAAACAGCUAGGACUUAGAAAGAAAUGCUGCAGUAUAGAUCCAUACUUUAGUGCAGUGUUCACAGGGCAGAAAAACUCUCCCAGUACUAGCCAGAAAAACACAAACAUACAGAAUAUACACACUUUUUUUCAUUGACCUUAACAGGAGGGAGAAUUCAAGUCUCACUGGGUACUCUUAAGCUUUUCGUAGUUUUAGAAUGUUAAAACAGCUUUAACUAAAGAUCAUCAGAAUCUUCAUUUGUGUUUAAUCUUAAAGUGUAUAUCUAUUUUGGAUUAGAGAAUCAUGCUCCCAGUUGUAAACUAUGUAAAAUGUAUUAUCAAAAUCUCUGUACAAGGAUCAAAAGUCCCUAAAGCACCAUUAAUAACUACACCUUUUAAUUUCUGCUAGCCAAAAAUGUUGCUAUAUUGAAUGGGGAAGGGUUUAUUGCCGUGAAGUUCUUCUAAUCACUGUGCCUUACCUUUAAUAUUUCUUUCAGUAUAUGCAAAUUAUAAAAAGUGGGUUCUUUUUCUUGCACAUGUAUUAAAAUUUUAUAUUUAAUAUAAUUUUAAAUUUCAGUUGAGUUAAGAGUUGUUAUUGUAAGAUUAGGAAAGCUUUGUUUUGAAUGUCGGUACAGAUGCUAUUAGAAAUACCCAGUGGGUUUCUAGUAAGCCAAAACAUUCACCUUACUUAGGCUGCAAUCCAUUACACAUCUACUCAGACAUAAACCCCAUAGUUUAAUAAAAUGUAUUCUCAGGUAAGUGUAUACAAGAUUGGAGCUGUGGAAGACUGCAUGCAAUUAAGACACAGGUAUGUUUUACUUUUCACAAGUGUUUUCUUCUAGAAAUAUUAUUCAGUUUACGUAUCUUCACAUAUUGAGACACCUAUGACUUUUGAAGCCUUGUGUAUUUGUAGCAUUAACAGAAAGAAGAGUUGAAUAUGCUGAUCAUGAGCAUUUACACCAGCCUUCCCAAGCCUGGUGCCAGAUGUGUUGGACUAAAAUCCCCAUCAGCCCUACCCAGCAUGGCUAGGGAUGUUGGAGGCUGUAGUACAACAUAUCUGGAGAGCACCAGCUGGGGUAAUCUGAUUUAGACUACCAGCUGCUUCCCUUAUGUCAAGGUUUGUGAACGCUGAUUUGGGAGGGUAUUUCACAAUGGUCCAUUUGACAGGUAUCGCAUGGUAAUUUGUGGGUUUUUUUUUUU